AUGUUUUGCAACCAGUAUGACAAUGAUGUCACUGUUUGGAGCCCUCAGGGCAGAAUUCAUCAAAUUGAAUAUGCAAUGGAAGCUGUCAAGCAAGGUUCAGCCACAGUUGGGCUGAAAUCGAAAUCCCGUGCAGUGUUGGUUGCAUUGAAGAAGGCACAAUCAGAGCUUGCAGCCCAUCAAAAAAAAAUUCUCCAUGUUGACAACCAUAUUGGAAUAUCAAUUGCAGGGCUUACUGCUGAUGCUAGACUGUUAUGUAAUUUCAUGCGCCAGGAGUGUUUGGAUUCCAGAUUUGUAUUUGACAAACCUCUUCCCAUGUCUCGUCUUGUAUCGCUAAUUGGAAGCAAGACCCAGAUACCAACCCAACGAUAUGGCCAAAGACCAUAUGGUGUGGGACUGCUCAUUGCUGGUUAUGAUGAUAUGGGCCCUCAUAUUUUCCAAACCUGUCCAUCUGCAAACUAUUUUGACUGCAGAGCUAUGUCCAUUGGAGCCCGUUCUCAGUCAGCACGUACUUACUUGGAAAGAUGUAUGUCUGAGUUUAUGGAGUGUAAUUUGAAUGAACUGGUUAAACAUGGUCUGCGUGCCUUAAGAGAGACACUUCCUGCAGAGCAGGACCUAACUACAAAGAAUGUUUCUAUUGGAAUUGUUGGUCAAGACUUAGAGUUUACGAUCUAUGAUGAUGAUGAUGUGUCUCCAUUCCUGGAAGGUCUUGAGGAAAGACCACAGAGAAAGACACAGCCUGCUCAACCUUCUGAUGAACCUGCAGAAAAGGCUGAUGAACCAAUGGAACAUUAA